AUGAAGCUUCUUCACCAGUACGAGCCUAUCUAUUUCCGUUAUGACUUCCUGACCGGACACACCCUGUAUAUUUUGCCGAAAUCCAAAGGCGAGCUACGCGAUUUGAUUCACGCGAUUGGGGAGAGAUUUAAGGGAUCAUCCUCGGAUCCAAGUUGCCUUUCCGUUAAGAAACUGGGCAUUUCCCAGAAGAAUGAUUCUUUACAUCCUCUAACCCUUCAUUCGGUGGUUAUGUUCUAUGUCCUUUCGUCCCGAAACACGGAACUGAAUAACCUGAUUAAAUGGCUUCUCUGGAUCGAGACGCAGCUUCACCAGGGAUCAAUCUUUGAAGUAGCGGACUCUAAUCGAUUCUCGAGGUAUAUACAGUUGCUGCAUAAGAUGUCGCGGAACCUGAUAACGCUAGAGCACAAUAACCAGCGCGACGCGUCAAAUAUUGGUCAUCUCCUCCGGGAUCAUGAGCGUCUUGGAAGACUGGCCGAGCUCCAGGGGACAUAUAUUGAUCAUGCGACGCAUGGGAGGGUCCGGGAUGACCUACUUAUGCUCCACGACUUAUGCGAUGAUCGGCACCGCAGAAUCAUGAACUUGCAGCGAAGAACCAGUAACUUUGUGACGCUUUUAUACAAUCUCAUCACGGGUCAUGAUAGCACGAUCAAUUUGAAGAUUGCCACAGAAAGCACCAAAAUAGCCCGCGAUGCACGCAAGGAUAGUGCGUCCAUGAAGAUUAUCGCCGCGAUGACACUGCUCUAUCUCCCGGCCACUUUUGUCUGCAGUCUUUUCGGAACGAACCUGAUCGCCUUGGAUACAUCCACUGCGAAUAAUGAGCCUGCAUUUGUUGUGUCUCGCCUUUGGUGGAUUUAUUUUGCUUUUGCGGUACCUUUGACAGCUUUCACGAUGAUCGGAUUUCUGGUGUGGCGACGGUUUCGCGAACGGAAGCCUGAUGAAAGAGCGAGUGGAGUUGGCGUUUCAUGA